AUGCCAGGUUAUCUUAAUGAUAUUUGUGUAGUAGUCGGGUAUGACGAUCGUCGUGGUCGUCGCCGGGGUUACUCAACUUGUCGGUCUAUCUCCCAUAUGCAACAGAAGAUAGGGUAUAUAAAUAUAAAUACUAAAGUAUUGGAAGAGGAAGAAGAAGAAGAAGAAGAAGAAGAGGAGGGAGACUUUAAAUUGGGCAUUAGAUUCCCAGAAGAUGUUCCAAUCAACAUUAGAUACCAAAUUGUUAAUAUUUUCAACUAUUGUUCGGAUAUGAUCGAUCCUCCAGCUGAUUUACCACUACUGGAUGUCGAACCAUAUUAUAAUGCUGAUACACAUACAUGGGAUGACGACAGUUUCAUGAUAUUUAAAAGUUACAGGGUUGAAUUUGCCCUUGUUUCAAUGAUUCAAAUGAUUCAUGGUAGGUUUCCAAAACAUCGAUAUGAUAUAAAUUGA